AACCGAAUAAACCAUAUGUUCAGUACUGGUUCACGAUACGAUCUUCUGUUUCUUAAUGUUUUCUUUAAAACUGAUUAUUUUUUAGUGUUUUAAAUUUAACAGUGUUUAAACAUUUUAUUUGAAUAUAUUCAAUCGAAAAUAUUUAAUCGAUUUACAUGGUGUGCUGAUUGAAAUUUUUUCAAAUAAAUAAAAUGGUGUAUAACAGUGCGCAGGUUUUGGGUAACAGCAUGAUCUCAAAGCAUGUUAGUGAAUGUAAAUCGUAACAUUUGCUGCGAUAAAAAUUGAAUAUUUAGAAGAAGUGUUCUAACGUAAUUAUAUCUCUUAUUAUAAACAUGGAAGUAGUCAGAAGUGUAUGGAAUAAACAUCUUUUAAUGUAUAAAGUUGCAAUGCAAGUCUCUUUACGAAAUAGUUCCACAGCAAAAGUAACAGGAAAGACUACUUCUGCACAAGAUGAUGAUUCAAGAACAAAUACAGAUAUAGAUUUAAAUGCGACAAAUGAUAUUACAUUUAAUGCACUUGUUUCGACUGAAGAAUUAUUAGCACAAAUAGGACUAGCAAGAGAAUUUGCAAGUGAUAGCAAAGUCGAACAUCCAUAUGUUGAUAAAUUGAAAAGAGUGCAAAUGAUUUUAUUUGAUUUAAGUCAUGCUAUAUCAAAAACAAUGCCAGGGCAAUAUAAAUCAUUUGAAACUAAACAUGUUAAUGAUUUGGAAGAAUGGAUAUCAGAGUAUGCUAAUCAGUUGCCACCUCAAGAAACCUAUAUCAUUCCGGGUGGUGGUAAGGCUUGUUCUACUCUACAUUCGGCGAAAGCAAUAUGUAAACGUGUAGAAAGGAACGUUGCAUCAUUGGUACAGGAUGGUUUAUUGAAUAAGGAAGCACAAAUAUAUUUAAAUAAACUACAAAACUUUUUAUUGACAACAUCACGCAUUGCAGCCAAGUGUGACCAACGGACAGAGAAUAUAUAUAUUCCUAGAGCAGAAUUUACCGAAGAGAAAUAAAUCUGAUGUUAUGCCAUAACUGUCAUAACCAAUAGAGUAAUAUUUCCAUUGAGAAAUAAUAUAAAUUGAAUAUUUAUGCAGAAAUUUUGCAAUAAUAUUAUUUUCAGAUAUAUUUUCAAAGCAUUAGUAAGUUGUAAAUAAUUUUUAAUCAAAAUACAUAUGUCAGUUACUUACUGUAUUGUUACUAUUAUAUAAAAUAUGUAUAUAAUAAUUAUGCUCUGUAUGAAGUAGUCAUUACUUAAAAUUUUUUAAUAAAUU